CGCGGUUGCUAUGGAGACGGCGGCGCGCUGUCUGAGCAUGCGCGGGCCCGUCCGCCGGGCUUCCGGCAGCCCAGAAGGUUCGGAGCGGCGGGAGCUGAGCUGGGAACAUGGAGCGCUACGAUCCGGCGGCCUUGGGCGCCCUUCCCGUGUCCGAUCUCAGGCAAUACAAAACCUGUUGCAGCAGAUCAUGUUCAGGACACCUUACCAAAAAUGAGGGUUCAUUAACAUCAACUUUAAGAACACUUCUGUUCUUCACAGCUCUAAUGAUCACAUUACCGGUGGGGCUGUAUUUUUCAUCCAAGGCUUAUUUAUUUGAAGGUACCUUAGGAAUGUCUGAGAGAGACAGCUACUUUUAUGCUGCCAUAGUUGCUGUAGUUACUGUCCAUGUGGUGCUGGCUCUCUUUGUGUAUGUAGCAUGGAAUGAAGGUUCUCGGCAGUGGCGGGAAGGCAAACAGGAUUAAUAGGAAGAUCAUCAUCACCUGAUGCCUACAGACUCUACAUCAAAUUUUUGCAAGCUGAAGGAAAAACAUUCCUUAAAAUGUGUACAAAGAUAAGGCUCAUGCCUCAACUCUGGUUAGUAAAAGACUUGUGCUCGUCUUGAAUGUAAUACCAAUGGUUUCUGUAAUGCUGAGGGCAGGUGUUCUGUAGCCAGUCUCUGACAGGUUGAGCUGAGGUGGUCUUUACCAGGAAUCAGAAUAAUUGUAUUUUUUUUAAAAAAUCCUGUAGCUGUUUUUGCCAUUCCUAAUAUUUCUCUGGCUUGCACUGAAAAUCACAUUGGCACGAAGCAAGCAUUACAUCUUCAAGUAAUUAAGUUGCUAGUUAAAAAAAAAUUCUACAUUACUCAUUACUGAACUGCAAUGGAAAAGGUGGGAUUGGACUUUGCAGUGAGCAGUUUCCUAAUUUAUGUGUGCCAUGGUUUAACCCCAGCCAGCAGCUAAACACCACACAGCUGCUUCUUCACUCCUCCCUAGUAGGAUGAGGGAGAGAGCUGAAAAGGUAAAAGGGAGAAAACUUGUGGGUUGAGAUAAAAGACAGUUCAACAGGUAAUGCAAAAGCUGUACAAGCAAAGAAUUCAUCCACUGGUGCCUGAUGCCAGGCAGGUGUUCAGCCAGCUCCAGGAAGGCAGGGCUGCAUCACAUGGAAUGGUGACUUGGGAAGAGAACACAAUCACUUUGAACAUCAUCCCCCUUCCUUCUUCUUCCCCCAGCUUUAUCUGCUGAGCAUCAUGUCACAUGGGCUGGGAUGUCCCUUGGGUCACUUGGGCUCAGCUGUCCCUGCUCUGUCCCCUCCCACCUUCUUGUGCUCCCCUGGCCCACUGGCUGGGGGUGUGUGAGGAGCAGGAAAGGCCUGGGCUCUGGGUCAGCACUGCUCAGCAGUGACAGAACCAGCCCCGUGUUACCAACACUGUCCUCAGCACAAAUCCAAACCCUAGCCUGUACCAGAUAUAUUGAAGAAAAUAAACUGUCCCAGCCAAAACCAGUGCAAUGGGACAGGCAUAAAUAAAAAAUUUCUGAGUUUAGAAGUAACUGCAAAACCAGAACUGGUUAGAAACUCAGGUGAUGUCUUUCUAAUGUGAAAUACAAAGGGGGUUUUGUUUUCAAAUGUUUUUUUUAAUUAUUAUUACAGUAUAAAAUUCAGUCUUUAAUUUCUUUUUGGGAGGAUUGUUUUAUAUUACAUUACUUACCUUUCCACUCUUCCACAGUUAGCCUUGAUGAAUCCAGGGAAAUGACAUAGCAUAUUUUUGUAUGUCUGUACAUUUAUGUAUUUUGAUAGUUGCUAACAUAUAUUGUUGGAUUUUCUGUGGUAAAGUAAAACCAGUAACAGCUCUAAGGCACUAAUGGCCAGUAGAGGAAGGAGCAAGAGAAAGAAAAUCUAUGGCCAUCUGCAAAGAUUGUGUUUGAUGAAGCAGAACACAAGAGUGAUCAUGUGGAAAAUUCUCUCCAUAACUAAUAAUUUGUACACUGUGAAAUAUGCUCAUUGUUUACUUUUUUCUUCUGUUGUGUAGAAACUUUCUGUAGUGCAAGCACAAUGGGAGCUGUAGGAUGACUUGAUUUUCAUUUCUCUGUUAGCAAGCUUUUUAGUCUGUAAAUAAAACAUAUUUCCUAAGGUUCCAGCAAUGCAUACAUAGAACAUUCCAGACACUGAUGAUUGCUGUUUUGCUGUUGUGCUUGAGGUUGUUCUGUUAAUUUGAGUUUUCCAAUUUCUUGUAUUUGUUGAACCUUUUUUGGAACUGUUUUGCUGAAUAUAGGGUUUGGAAUGAUUUUGGUCCUGCAUUUGUCCAUGGUAAAACUUACCCAUAAACAAGACAAAAUCAGUUAAUCUGUGCCCAGUGGCUUGAGAUGUAUGUUCCCUGGUCUCAUUGCACUCCUUUUAGCCCUGGUCCUAGGUGUGUGCAAGAGUACAAGUCAUGUCAUGCUAAUAAAAAUUAAUUUUUGCUUUUUGUUUCUGCAACAUUGGCUUUCUCAGCCAGAAGCUCAUUGUCAGGUUGCUGCCAGUAGACUGGAGAAUGGGCUCAUAGGACUUCAAAUACAAAUUUAGUUUGUAUGUUGGCAUAUUGGCUUCCUGUUCUCUGGUGUAUGAACUGUACAUUGUAAAACAAAUCCUACCUUUUAAUAAAGAACUAGCCCGCAGCAUCCAGUAAA